AUGGUGGAACGGAACGCUGGGCCGAGAACUGAGCACCCUCGGCCGUUGGAAGGUGAAUCUCAGAAAUGCUGGCAAUGCAUUCGAACGACGGGCUGUGCGCACCAAGUUCAAGACUUUUGGAUUUGGACUCAAAACACUAUGCAUUUUAGUAAGUGCGUCGCACUUGCUGUCAAAGAGUUCGUGGCCAACAAGCGCGGACUACCGGUCACUGAGCCACAAUGUGUGGAUGGGAAUGUUAAAUUGUUGAAGGAGAUAAAAGACAAAAAGAAAAUUGUGGCUCAUGAAGCUACCAUAUCUAUUCAAUCUUUUGAAGAUGAUGUGUUUGAUGCCUUAUGUCCUUCACCUAUUACCUCAUGUGUGCGAUGUGCUGUGCAUACUUUGCAACUAUGUAUUCUAGAUGGGUUUAAAAACGCACCAAUCACCAGUUGCAUAGUUCAAGCAAGAAAGGUGGUGAAAAAAUUGAGAACUCCUAAGUAUGCCACUUGGCUAAAAAGAAAAAACCUCAAAUAUGCUAUAAUAGAUAACGAAACAAGAUGGAACUCUGUCUUUAAUAUGUUAUUCAGAUUAUUAGAGUUGAAAGAGUUUUGCCAAACCCACCAUAGCACUAAUACUGAACUCAAAUUAAAAAAAAGUGAAUGGGAUUCUAUUCAAAGCAUUGUUGAUGCAUUAAUGCCUGUUAAAAUAGCUACUCUUGCUCUUCAAAAGCAGGACAUAAACCUCGGUGACUUCUUUGGAGUAUGGCUUAAAGCAUCACAUGGUCUCCAGUCUAACGGUUCAAUAUUAGCUAAACAAAUUUUGAAAUCUAUGAAACAGCGUGAGGUGCUAUUAUUAAAGAAUCCAAUCUUUUUGGCAGCAAUUUUCCUUGAUCCACGUUACCAAUGCAUGUUAAAUGAAACUGACAAAAAUACUGGAAUUAAUCAUUUAAUUAAAACAUGGAAAUGUAUGAUUCAGAUACAAGAUGUAUGUCAAACUGAUGAUGUCAAUAACUCUGCUAUAGGCAUAGGCGUAGGGUGGUCAAUUUUUUUGGGGGGGCUUUAG